AAAGAAGCCUGAAGAUGAGCGCCCACACACAGACUGCAGAGAAAGGACAGAACACAACACUCCUGUGCCAGGAAAGCUAUGUUUGCAGUGGGACAGAUGAAGCAAUCUUUGAAUGUGACGAGUGCAGGAGCUUACAGUGCCAACGUUGUGAGGAAGAGCUGCAUCAGUCAGAAAGGUUACGGAACCACGAACGGACCCGUAUAAAACCCGGCCAUGUCCCCUACUGUGACUCCUGCAAAGGUGCCAAUGGGAACAUAAUGCACGCCAGCAUGACGGGCUCAAGGCAGAUAGCAGCAGUGAGGUGCCAGGUGUGCAAAAUCAACCUCUGCGUGGAGUGUCAGAAGAGAACACAUGCUGGGGGGAACAGAAGGAAGCACCCUGUCACUGUGUACCAUGCUGGCAAAGCCCAAGAGCAGGAAGAGGAGGAGGGAAUGGAUGAGGAGACCAAGAGAAGGAAGAUGACAGAGAAAGUUGUGAGUUUCCUCUUGGUGGAUGAAACUGAGGAGAUUCAGGUAAGGAAUGAAGAAGACUUUAUUAAGAAACUGGACUGCAGUCCUGACCAGCAUCUAAAGGUAGUGUCCAUCUUUGGGAACACGGGGGAUGGCAAGUCUCACACCCUUAAUCACACUUUCUUCUAUGGCCGGGAAGUCUUCAAGACGUCUCCAGCCCAAGAAUCUUGCACAGUUGGAGUCUGGGCAGCCUAUGACCCUGUCCGCAAAGUGGUGGUAAUUGAUACAGAGGGCCUACUGGGGGCCACUGUGAACUUGAGCCAGAGAACGCGGCUGCUGCUGAAGGUCCUGGCCAUCUCUGAUCUUGUCAUCUACCGUACUCGUGCUGACAGGCUCCACAAUGACCUCUUCAAAUUCCUUGGUGAUGCCUCGGAGGCUUAUUUAAAACAUUUCACCAAGGAGCUAAAAGCUACCACAGCCCGCUGUGGCCUAGAUGUUCCUCUGUCAACUUUGGGUCCAGGUGUCAUCAUCUUUCACGAGACUGUGUACACCAAGCUACUGGGCUCUGAUCAUCCUUCUGAGGUUCCUGAGAAGCUCAUUCAGGACCGGUUUCGGAAGCUAAGCUGUUUUCCUGAGGCUUUCAGCUCAAUCCACUACAAGGGAACAAGGACAUACAAUCCUCCAACAGAUUUCUCUGGACUUAGGCGAGCUGUGGAGCAGCAGCUGGAGAACAAUACCACUCGAUCACCUAGACAGCCUGGGGUUAUCUAUAAAGCACUAAAAGCUCUAAGUGACAGGUUCAGUGGGGAAAUCCCCGAUGACCAGAUGGCUCACAGCUCUUUCUUUCCAGAUGAAUACUUCACAUGCUCUUCUGUGUGCCUCAGCUGUGGGUGUGGCUGUAAAAAGAGCAUGAACCAUGCAAAGGAAGGAGUCCCUCAUGAAUCCAAGAGUCGAUGCAGAUAUUCUCACCAAUAUGAUAACAGAGUCUACACUUGCAAGGCCUGUUAUGAGCGAGGGAUGGAGGUCAGUGUGGUGCCAAAAACCUCUGCUUCCACUGACUCCCCUUGGCUGGGCCUUGCCAAAUAUGCCUGGUCAGGGUAUGUGAUUGAGUGUCCCAACUGUGGGGUGGUGUACCGCAGCCGGCAGUACUGGUUUGGCAACCAAGACCCUGUGAACACUGUGGUGAGGACAGAAAUUGAACAUGUCUGGCCAGGGACUGAUGGAUUUCUAAAAGACAACAACAAUGCAGCCCAGCGUUUGUUGGAUGGAAUGAAUUUCAUGGCACAAUCCGUAUCUGAACUUAGCCUGGGACCUACAAAAGCUGUGACCUCUUGGUUGACAGACCAGAUUGCCCCAGCUUACUGGAGACCCAACUCUCAGAUCCUGAAUUGUAAUAAGUGCAACACACCUUUUAAAGAUAAUGACACUAAACAUCACUGCCGGGCCUGUGGAGAAGGCUUCUGUGAUGGCUGUUCUUCCAAGACCCGUCCGGUGCCUGAGCGAGGCUGGGGACCAGCACCAGUGCGUGUGUGUGACAACUGCUAUGAACACAGGGGCAUCCAGUUAGAUGUGGCUGAGCUGCCUUCAGAUGAGGAAGGGGGGACACUUAUUGCGAGGAAGGUGGGGGAAGCUGUGCAGAACACUCUUGGAGCAGUGGUGACAGCCAUGGAUAUUCCCUUAGGGCUGGUAAAAGAUGCUGCCCGACCUGCAUACUGGGUACCAGACCAUGAAAUCCUUCACUGCCACAACUGCCGGAAGGAAUUCAGUAUCAAACUCUCCAAACACCACUGUCGGGCCUGUGGCCAGGGAUUCUGUGAUGAAUGUUCACACGACCGCAGAGCGGUGCCCUCUCGUGGAUGGGAUCACCCAGUCCGAGUUUGCUUUAACUGCAAUAAAAAGCCUGGUGACCUUUAA